AUGCAUGGGAGGCUGCAGCUGCACCGUCUUGCCAACCCAACACUGUAUCAAGGCUGCUAUUCCAACCGCCACCGUUACGGCACACAUGGGGGAAAGAGGGGGAGUGUUGGUGCCAGUAACAGUGGUGAGGCACCUGGCCCGCCGCCUUUGCUGCCUCCAACAUUGCUGGCAGUGGUUCCGGAGCGGGAGCUGCUGUGCUGGUGGGAGUCUGAGGGGGUGGUAGAGGCGGCGGAUCCUGGGGACCUGGUGCUACUGCUACAUGGCCUGGCACAAAUGGGGCUGCAGCCCAGGGUUGUGCUGACUCGGCGGCUGCUGGAGGCCGUGAUGGGGUCACCUCCCGUACUGGCGCAACUGCCACCUCAGCACCUGGCCCUGCUGUGCUGGGGCCAAAUGCGGCACCAGCCAUGUUUACAGCAGGCUCACAGUAUGGGCAAUACCAGUCCCCAGACGGAUUGCUGGGUCCAGGUCAUCGGCGCCACCACUCUGACUGCUGCAAGUGCCUCCAGCCCCAUCCUCUCCUGCGCUUGA